UGGCUACGGGCACUGUAGGGUGAGGACGUUUUGUAUCGCUGCUAAAUGGGCGUUCCCAGCUAUCAGGCCACGCCCUCUUUGUCUCACAGGGUUAGAGAUCAGGGAAAGAGUCCCGAGUGGAACUUUGACAACAGCCCGUGCUGGGAGCAGAUAACGUGAGUGGGACAAAGCUGGGCACAACAUGGCUACUAAACGUGUCCUAAUGACUGGACCUUCACCUUGGGGAUUUCGGCUGAUUGGAGGGAAAGAUUUCGAACAACCCUUAACUAUUUCCAGGGUAAUGCCAGGAAGCAAAGCUGCAGUUGCGGAACUAUGUACAGGAGACAUAGUCAUUGCUAUUGAUGGGGAAAACACAGAUGGGAUGACUCAUUUAGAAGCGCAGAAUAAAAUUAAAGGCUGUGAAGAUGAAUUAAUUCUUACGAUAAACAGGGUUGAAUCAAAAAUAUGGUCUCCUCUUGUCUCUGAAGAUGGAAAACCAAAUCCAUAUAAGAUGAACUUGGCAAGUAACCCACAGAGACCAAUCAAAUUUCAGCGUGCUUUCAGCAUGACUUACCAGCCACUAAAAUCUCCAACAGGUUCCAUCAGCCCCUUGUCUCCUUCUGCCAUGUUUAAAGCUCCUCUUUCUUCAGUCUAUAACCCUCUCCAGUCACGUAGCGCCUCAAGCUCUUUGCAAAGGAGGCACAGUACCUCCUCCAUCCCAAGCCAAGUGCGAGUGGUUCCUGAAGGACUCAAACAAGCAGCUCAAAUCUGUCCCAACAGCCCAGUGGAGGUUGAUGUUCCUGGUCUCAAAGUCAUACACGUCCAGUUUAACUCCCCCUUACAGCUCUAUUCACAGGAAAACAUUAUGGAUACUCUGCAUGGGCAGAUAUCAUCCAUUAACCCAUCUUAUACCAGUGCAGAACAAACACAGCCAGCAAAUACUCAACACAUUGAUAAAGACUCCGAAGUUUACAAGAUGCUGCAAGAGAAUCGAGAAUCAGAGGAACCCCCUAGGCAGUCGGCUUCUUUCUUGGUCCUGCAGGAAAUCUUGGAAACCGAUGAGAAAGAUUUUGAGGGUACAGAAUGUUUAUUUACAGGUCCCAUGGACAGACCAUUUCUAGACGCAGGGGAAAAACCAUCAGGGUUCCGGAGCGUAAGGGCACCCACCAAUAAAGUCGCCGCCUCUUUGGGAAGUGGACAAAAACUGCAGAUUUGUGAUCACUGUGGCUCAGGCAUUGUGGGAGCAUUUGUGAAGAUUCGGGACAAACCUCGUCACCCUGAAUGCUACGUGUGCACUGACUGCGGCAUGAAUCUCAAGCAAAAGGGCCACUUCUUUGUAGAAGACACGAUGUACUGUGAGAAGCACGCACGGGAACGCAUGACACCGCCUGAGGGAUACGACGUGGUCACCGUGUUCCCCAAAUAACUCUCUCCCCUCUCUACAGCGCUGGCUCGACAAGCAACAUUCUGCUGAGCCAUUUUAGUAAAGAGCAAAACUUCCAUUUGCUGAGACUUCCGUGUCCCUUCUGUUUGCAGGAAGUGCUUUUAGGAGAUUGCGUGAGACUUUUCUACACAAAAAUCAUUUCAAUGUAACUGCCAUCAUGUGUGUUCCGUCUUUUUGCUUUAGUUGUUAUACAAUACAAAAGACAUAUAACUUG